AUGAUGUUCAGAACAAUAUUUCAAAAUCUGGCCUGCUUUCAUGCUAAUGAUCACCACUUUAUUAGCGUGCCUUUUCUAUUGGCCUUGUGCUUCUUUCUGAGAGGCAGUGAGAGCGGGGCGGAGAGGUCUCGUCUCCUGCUGGGGUUCCAAGCUCCCAAGAACAUCUCCUUUCCAUUCAGUGCAAUGAGACUGGGGGCAGCGAUGCAGAUUGCUAUCGGCAAGGUGAAUUCGAACCCUGCCUUCCUGAAUAACUACACUCUGGACUUUGCGUACUUUGACUGUGACUGUGACGCCAAGACCUCUCUCAGUGGAUUCAUCAGCCAGGUGUGGAACGACAACAUCUCAGCCCUCUUUGGCCCCGCUUGUCCCGAGGUAGCAGAGGUUACAGGUCUCAUGGCUUCCCAAUGGGACAUCCCAAUGUUUAGCUUUGUAGGCCACACCCCCAAGCUGGACAAUGUUGCUGUUUAUGACACAUAUGUCAAACUGGUGUCGCCCCUUGAAAGAAUGGGGAAGACCCUGCUGAAGGCUCUUCAGCACUUCGGAUGGAAGAAUGUGGCUAUGCUUGGAGGGGGCUCUGCCGAUAGCAUCUGGGACAAAACGGAUGAUCUCUGGAAGUCUGUGCAGAGCCAGCUAAACCCCAACAUCACCAUUAUAGCCAGUGUGAAGUAUGACACCAGUGACCCUGAUCUCAACCGCAAGAAUCUGAAGUACAUCUCAACCGUGGCCAGGAUUAUUAUUGUAAUAUGUAAUUAUGAGGAUGCAAGGUCAAUAAUGCUGGAAGCUCAGAACCUCCAGAUUGAGCAUGGGCAGUAUGUCUUCUUUAUACUACAGCAGUUUGAGAUCAGUGGCGUUAUGGAUAACCUUUGGAAAUAUUCUGAAAAUUCAGAAGCAGUUCAGACUCCCCUAGCAGUCUUUGAUUCAGUGUUCGUAGUGACAUUAAAGUCCUAUGGAGGAUUUGACUACUCUGAUUUAGUCCAUCAAAUCUACCAGAGACUGAAAGGGCCUCCAUUCUACAGCAAUCUGACUUCAGAGAAAGAGGUGAGUUCUUAUGCUGCCUAUCUCCAUGAUGCAGUGCUACUUUAUGCCACAGGAGUAAAGGAGCUGAUAAAGGCAGACAAGACGUCCUUUAGAGGGAGAGAGCUGGUAAACAGCUUGAAAGCAAACAGGGUUCAGCUUUAUGGUGCGACAGGUGUGGUGAGUCUGGAUGAGUCUGGGAAGAGGUUUAUGGAUUAUUCUGUAUAUGACCUGCAGUCCUUUGGAAACAUCUCAAAAUUUGUGCCAGUUCUGCACUAUGACAGCAUCAGGAACAGCAUCAGCCCCACACCGGAAUUCUCAAAUAUCAUUUGGCCAAAUGGACAACCUGUUAAAGACACACCUGAGUGUGGAUUCAACAAUAACCUCUGUGGCUUAUCAAAUAACAAUGUCUCUACACUGACCUUAGUGUUCGCGUUCCUGGGGGCGACCACUGCAGCAGGAAUAUGUGUUGCACUGCUGGUCGUACAUAAAGACAAACUACGAAAACAAGAUGAUGACAUCUGGUGGAGAGUAAACUAUAAUGAUAUCCAAGUUAUCAAAGAUGUAAAGGAAAAUCAGAAUAUAAAUAAAUCGUUAUCCACUACACUGUCAGCAAAGGAAAGUGGAAGCUGGGAGUCCCAGACCGUAGGAUCCAGCAACAAAAGCCAUGGCUUGAAAGACAAAAUAGGGAAAGAGAUCAUUUAUACAACUACAGCUCUCUACAAUGGUGAUCUGGUUGCCAUUAAAUACCUUGAUAGGCAAACAGCUACUGAUGUGAGAAAGCCAUCAAUAAUGGAAGAGUUUAAAGUUAUGCAUAAACUGAGACAUGAAAAUCUGGUGUAUUUCAUUGGUGCUUGCAUAGAACCACCAAAUAUCUGCAUUCUUACACAGUACUGCAGUAAGGGAAGCUUAAAGGAUGUUUUAAGUAACACGGAUAUUGAGCUGGAUUGGAUGUUCAAGUUGUCCUUCGCUUAUGACAUCGUCAAUGGAAUGGUGUUUAUUCACAACAGUAAUCUCAGAUCCCAUGGGAAUCUAAAACCCACAACCUGCCUGGUGGACAGUCGACUGCAGGUGAAGCUCACAGGAUUCGGAUUAUGGGAAUUCCGAUAUGGGCCUAAGCACAGAGUGAUUGCUCAAGAAAACCCCAAAUACGAAGAACUUUAUUGGACAGCCCCAGAAAUAUUAAGACAAGUCCAACAUACCUUUAAUGGCACCCAAAAGGCAGAUGUCUACAGCUUUGCCAUUAUAAUGAGGGAACUGAUUUACGAUGGAGAAAUUGGUCCAUACCAUGACUUGCAGAUGGAACCGGAGGAAAUUAUUAACAAAAUAAAGGAUCUCACUGCAAUGGUUCGAUUGAGACCCUCAUUAUCAGCCGACAAAUGCAACGAGAAUAUCAUAGCCAUGCUUAACACUUGCUGGGAUGAACAUCCAGAGCGAAGACCAACAUUUCUAUCAAUCAAACGACAAUUACAAGAAGCAAGUACUGAAAGUCAUGUAUGCAUUGUGAACAACAUGGUGAACAAACUUGAGAAAUAUGCAAAUCACCUGGAGGAGGUGGUAGAGGAAAGAACCAAUCAGCUGACUGUAGAGAAGAAGAAAAUAGACAAGCUGCUCUCCAGCAUGUUGCCCAGUUACAUUGCAGAGGAGCUGAUAGCUGGGAAGUCUGUGGAACCCGAGAGUUUUGAGUCUGUUUCCAUUUUCUUCUCUGACAUAGUUGGUUUCACCAGCAUGUGCUCCAUUAGCUCUCCCCUGGAAGUGGUCAAUCUGCUCAAUGACCUCUACAGCUUAUUUGAUGAAAUAAUUAAGAUCUAUGAUGUCUACAAGGUGGAAACCAUUGGGGAUGCAUACAUGGUAGCCAGUGGACUCCCCAUUCGCAAUGGUAUAAAGCAUGCUGAGGAAAUUGCCACCAUGUCUUUGCAUUUCCUUAGUGCGAACAUGAUGUUUAAAAUAAGGCAUUUGCCUGAUGAAAAACUGAAGAUUCGCAUAGGUCUGAACUCAGGGCCAGUUGUGGCUGGAGUGGUUGGAAUCACAAUGCCUAGGUACUGCCUGUUUGGAGAUACCGUGAAUAUGGCAUCCAGGAUGGAAAGCAACAGCUUGCCAAUGAAGAUCCAUGUAUCUGAGAGCACUGCAAGUAUUCUUUAUAAGAUUGGCACAUUUCAAUUGGACCUAAGAGGAGAUGUUGAAUUGAAGGGUAAAGGAAACCAAAGGACUUAUUGGUUGAUAAACAAAAAAGGAUUUAAUCUGCCACUACCAGACUCCAGCACUACUGUUGAACUGCUUGAGGAAACAGCCAUGCACUUGGAUGGGGUGGUGGCAGAAGAUCCACAGAAUGCCACCAGGGGAAGGCCAUGGGGAUGCAGCGCUGAGGAGAAAGCAUCAGACUAAAGACCAUGUCUAUACGUCUGCUACCAGGGCCAAGGCAUUAACCAGCUCUAGUGUCUAGGAAAAUAAAUGCCAGUGACCUGCCUCAAAUGAGGAAACCUGACACCAUCCACCAAACCAACGAGGACCAUUUGCUUUGCAGAGAAAAUAUUUUCACAAUUUCAUAUUCCUCUAGGCUGGUUGCAGCUUUGUAGGCAAUGUCAAAAUAAUGGUGACCCACGCA